UAAAAAUCACUGGCCAUGUCUACCACUUAAAGUACCCCAUAAGUAUUUGUUGAAUCCAAUACUUGAACUGCAGGUCUUGACUAUUGUCUGGUGAACCAGAAGUCUUAAGUCUCUUUUAAUGGGUAUCUUUCUAACCUUGUCCUCUGUGCUGAAAGGUUCCAACCUCUACCCUUCUGCUACCUUUACCCCAUGUAGGAGGUAGGACACAGAAGUAGGAUGCCCCAAAUGGCACACUUUUCCACAACCUUACCUCUACUAGCUCUCAAGACCUAAUCAAAAGUCCAUGUCUGUCAUAUCUUUCUUGACCCACUAUAGCAAAACAGCUGGUCCAUCCUUGUCCUCUCAUAGAACUUUCCACUUGUUUGUAUUAUUUGAUUACAGAAAAGAGAUUCUCGAGGUUCAACGCCUUAAGUAAAAGGAAGACAGUAGACGCUGACCAAUGAAUGGGGAGUUUUAUUUUGGAGAGCAGGCCUUCUCUGUGCCGCUGAAUCUGACUGGUAGCCCUUUGAGGAAAUGACUUCUGUUUGUGAGACAGCCGGCCUAUAGGAUAGACCGGCCCUGGUACUGAAUAAAGCCAAAGUAGGAGAAUGAACCAAUGACCUCAUUCAUAUUAUACCAAAAUCCUCUAUUCUGUCAUCAAAGAAGUAAUUUGGAUCUUUUAUUAUAACAGCCAUAUUAUCCAGAUCCUCUCAAUCUUGAAUACUGACAAGAAGUCCCUAUGGACUCCCUAACUCUACUGAAGAUCAGGAGGGGUCCUUGACACUAAGAUUUAAAAGCCCCACUCUCAGAAAAGGAUUAGAAAACUGACAGGUAAAGUUACAGUUAUCGCAGGCUCUGGAAAGGAGGUGAACAUGAAGGUAAGUAAAAGUUUUAUUUAGUCGAGACUUUUAAGCUAUUUAUAAAAAGCUUUAUAGCUUUUUACCUAUUUUACCUUUAAUAAGCAUUUUAUAGGCUAAAGGAUAUUUAAACAAUAUGCCUUAAAAUAUCAGAAUCAUUUGAUUUUGCUACAAAAAAAUCACUCAUUUUGGGUGAAGUAAUGAAAGUAACAUAUUUCUAAAUUUUUUUUUUAAGAAGAGAACUCUUUUGUGCAUUAACUAGAAGGUAGCCUCGGGAAUCCCCCUCUCCCCCACAUACUAAGUAUUAUUAAAACAGAGCAUAUUGAAAAGUUAGGAAGUUUCUAAUUGUCCAGGUGUCACGGAAGUAGAAGAUCCUAUAGGCACAGAAAUUACUUUCUUUGAUCUUCUCUUGUAGGGACUCAGAAGUCUGGUGGCAACAACCUUGGCUCUUUUUCUAGUGUUUUCUUUCUUAGGAAAUUCCAGCAGUGCACCACAGGGACUCGAGAGAAGGAACUGGACUCCUCAAUCUAUGCUCUACCUGAAGGGUGCACAGGGGCGUCCCUUCAUCUCGGACCAGAGCCGGAAGAAGGACCUCUCCGACCGGCCGCCGCCCGAGAGACGCAGCCCAAAUCCCCAACUACUAACUCUUCCAGAAGCAGCAGCUCUGCUCUUGGCUUCCUUGCAGAAACCACAAGAAGCUGGAGAAGAAAACUUUGAUCAAACGAGAGUCCUAGAAGACAGUCUACUAAACUGGUGAAAAUAGACCAACUUACAUUCGAAUACAGUUCCAUUCCUGCUGAAAACAUAAAGCAUGUAAAUAAAGUCCUUGGACCCUUUUUAAUUCCAUUGUAAUGUUAGGAACAUGCAUAACCAAUUUUAUUCUUUCCAGAAGUAAAGGUAAUGUAGGAUUCUUAGCUGGGGACAUCAUGGCCUUCUUUCAUUGCUUCAGGUCCUGUUUAGGUCACCUUGUAUCUUACUCCCAUUUGUAAUUAUAAGGCUAGAGACUCUUUAGAGUGUGUUUUCUAUUUGUUACAACAAGUAUCCAUCUUGAUCUAGUGAGUCUUAGUUGUUGGCUUUUUCAUUCCUUUACCCCUUGCAUUGUCUUGCACUCAGCAGCGAAUCUCCCUCUCCUUUUCUGCCUUUUUCCCAUCUCCAUCGGGGGUGAGGGGAGAAGCAUGGCAAGAUGGGAAAGAGUAGAGUGUGUUCUCUUAGCAGUUCCUCUUGGAGACGGAAGUUGUUAAGAAGGGAAGAGGGAGGGAGGUGACUGGGAAGAAGCCCGUGAUAAGAACACUUCACUGUAGUUGCUGAAGGAGGGAGAGGGUGGAUCUGUGAGGCUGGUAGAAGGUUCCAUAGUGGGGCGCUCCCCUUUAUGCUCUUUGGGGAUCUCCCUGAAUUCAGGGGGUUACUGGGAAAUAAGCAGAUGGAGACACACUCUGCUCUUCUGUACAUUGUACAAAAGGAACAAACCAGUUUUUCAGAGGUAACUCAUGUUCCACAGCUAAACAGACGCAAAGACUGCUUACUCUAAUUGACUAGAGCUCUAGGCUUUAUUUUACAUUAAAACGUUAGAUAAAGGCACCCCGAUAACAUCAGUACUCAGAGCCUCAUCUGCUCCUUCUAAGACUUUUAAAACUAUCUGAAAAAAUACACACACACACACACACACAGUGAGCAUAAUAACCUAUUUAUUUGGAGUUACAAUAUGAUCAACAUGUUAAUUUUUUUGACCUAGUUAGUUGAGAGUUGUUAUUGAUAAAUGUCAUAAGUGGAAAGUAUUGUUAAUUCUUACUGUCAUCAGUAUAUAGCCAUUAUUAAAGGAUAUCUUUAUGCGAAGGUAUUUGUACCUAGGAGUUACAAUUUCACUGUGUUAUGAAGUCAAAACCCUGCUUAUAAGAUUUGUCUGUAUCUUGUAUCGUAAUUGAAUAAUGAAACUAUAUUCAAGUCAUUGUCACACUGA